AUGUCAUUGACAGCUGACGAAUACAAACAACAAGGCAACGCAGCAUUUACCGCUAAGGAUUACAAUAAGGCGAUCGAGCUCUUCACUAAAGCUAUUGAAGUUUCUGAAGCCCCAAAUCACGUUUUAUAUUCCAACAGAUCUGCGUGUUAUACUUCUUUAAAGAAAUUUAGCGACGCAUUGAGUGAUGCCAAUGAAUGUGUCAAAAUUAAUCCAUCUUGGUCUAAGGGUUAUAAUAGACUUGGUGCCGCCCACUUAGGUCUUGGCGAUCUAGAUGAAGCUGAAAGCAACUACAAAAAAGCUUUGGAGUUGGAUGCCAGUAACAAGGCCGCCAAAGAAGGGUUGGACCAGGUUCAUCGUACCCAACAGACAAGGCAAGCACAACCUGAUUUAGGGUUGACACAGUUAUUUGCUGAUCCAAAUUUAAUUGAAAACUUGAAAAAAAACCCAAAAACAAGCGAAAUGAUGAAAGACCCUCAAUUAGUUGCUAAACUAAUUGGAUACAAGCAAAAUCCACAAGCUAUUGGCCAAGAUCUAUUUACCGAUCCAAGAUUAAUGACCAUCAUGGCUACAUUAAUGGGCGUUGAUUUAAAUAUGGAUGAUAUAAACCAAUCAAACUCCAUGCCAAAGGAGCCAGAAGCCAGUAAAGGUGCUGAACAAAAGGAAGACGCUAAACCACAAAGCGAUUCCACCACAAAGAAAGAACAUUCCUCAAAAGCACCACAGAAAGAGGAAGGCAAGGAAUCCGAGCCAAUGGAAGUCGACGAAGAUGACUCUAAAACUGAAGCCGACAAGGAAAAAGCCGAAGGUAACAAGUUUUAUAAGACCCGUCAGUUCGAUGAAGCUAUAGAGCACUACAACAAGGCGUGGGAACUGCACAAAGAUAUCACCUAUUUGAACAACCGUGCUGCUGCUGAAUACGAAAAAGGCGAAUACGAGACUGCUAUCGCAACCUUGAAUGAUGCUGUUGAGCAAGGUAGAGAAAUGAGAGCAGAUUACAAGGUGAUUUCUAAAUCAUUUGCACGUAUUGGUAAUGCUUAUCACAAAUUAGGUGACUUGAAAAAAACCAUAGAAUACUACCAAAAAUCAUUGACCGAACACCGUACCGCCGACAUUUUGACCAAAUUAAGGAACGCUGAAAAGGAAUUGAAAAAAGCUGAGGCGGAGGCAUAUGUUAAUCCUGAAAAGGCAGAAGAAGCUCGUCUUGAAGGUAAGGAAUAUUUCACUAAGAGUGAUUGGCCAAAUGCUGUAAAGGCUUAUACUGAAAUGAUCAAAAGGGCACCUGAAGACGCUAGAGGAUAUUCCAAUAGAGCUGCUGCCCUAGCUAAAUUAAUGUCUUUCCCUGAAGCCAUCGCAGAUUGUAACAAAGCCAUUGAAAAAGAUCCAAAUUUCGUGAGAGCUUAUAUUAGAAAGGCCACCGCACAAAUUGCCGUAAAAGAAUACGCUGCUGCUUUGGAAACACUAGAUGAGGCCAGAACCAAGGAUGCCGAAGUGAAUAAGGGUUCUAGUGCCAAGGAGAUUGAUCAGCUGUACUACAAGGCAAGCCAACAGAGAUUCCAACCCGAUACCGGUAACGAAACUCCAGAAGAGACCUAUCAAAGGGCCAUGAAAGAUCCUGAAGUGGCUGCAAUCAUGCAAGAUCCCGUCAUGCAAAGUAUUUUGCAACAAGCUCAACAGAAUCCCGCUGCUUUACAAGAACACAUGAAAAAUCCAGAAGUAUUCAAAAAGAUUCAAACUUUGAUUGCUGCUGGUAUCAUCCGGACCGGUCGCUGA